ACUGGACCAUUUAACGAUGUGACCAUACCUAAGACUGUUCCUACAACGACUGUUCUCCCACUACUGCCCUUUUCCCUUUGAAAACAUAUUUUUUACAAGAACUUAUCAGAAUAUAUCUCUGCACAUAUUGUCGAUAACACUUUGGAUCCCAGGAAUUCAGCCUGACUAGCCUAAGACUUGAAUCUGAUUGACUUUUCCCUUGGAUUAGAACAUUCUUUGCAGCUAUGGGUCCUCUGCGUUUUUCCAUCACGCUGCAAGUGUUCCUCAGCGCGUGUCUGGGACUGGACUUUCUAGGCACACCAGGUCAGUGGGCACGCUACCUCCGCUGGGAUGCCAGCACCCGCGGUGACCUCAGCUUCCAGUUCAAGACGGAGGCGUCGGAGGCGCUGCUGCUGUACUUUGACGACGGCGGCUACUGUGACUUCCUGCAGCUGUCGGUGGUGGAGGGCCGGCUGCAGCUCAGUUUCAGCAUCGACUGCGCCGAGACCACCGUCGUGUCCGACAGACGGGUGGACGAUGGCAAUUGGCACUUUUCCAGUGUGAGCAGGUACAACCUGCGCACAGUGUUGAUACUGGAUGGCCAGGCCAAAGCGGAUGAAGUGCGACCGCAGCGUCAGUUCAUGAAAAUAGUCAGCGAUCUGUUCCUGGGCGGAGUGCCUCAGGAUAUCCGCAAAGGUGCACUCACACUGCCGACGGUGCGAAACAUGCAGCCCUUCAGGGGCUCAAUUACUGACCUCAAAUAUGGCAUCUCACAGCCCCUUUUCCUGGGAAGCCUUAAGGUGCCCCUGGAGUCUGAAGGGUGGUGCACGGUGAACCUGUGUGAGAAUGGAGGUACAUGCUCGGUGGUGGACGGAGAGCCGGUGUGUGACUGCUCCAAAACGGAAUACAAGGGCCGCUUCUGCAUUGAAGGUAACAUGCCAUUGUCAUUCACCCUGAUGGACUUUGGCAGGACUCCAACUGUGAAACAUAUUUCACUCUCUUCAACUUUAACUUAA